CAAACAUUUAGAAAUCUGAAUUACAGAUACAAAAAAAAUCACAUCAUCGGAAGAAAAAAAAUGGAGGGAGAAAUGCCAAAAACGGGUGGAAUUAGUGAUGUUCCAGGAGCCGCCAAUAGUCUGGAGGUUGAAAACCUCGCUCGUUUUGCUGUUGACGAACACAACAAGAAGGAGAAUGCGAUGCUGGAGUUUAAGAAAGUGGUGAAAGCAAAGCAGCAGGUGGUUGCUGGGAUGAUAUACUACAUUACAUUGGAGGCAAUGGAUGGUGGCAAGCUGAAAAUUUAUGAAGCCAAGGUGUGGGAGAAGGCUUGGAUGAAUUUCAAGGAGUUGCAGGAUUUCAAGCUUAUUGGCGACGCCCCUGCCGUUUGCACUACCUCCGCUUAGGGUGAAUGGAGAUGGGAGAUGAAAGGAUAUCAGGAUACCAGAGGCGUGUCCGGCCUUUAAAUAAAUGCAACUAUGCCUUAUAUAAAUGUAACUAAGUUUGUACUAAAUUCAGUGGUGUUAAGCUUGUCUAGAACAAAAUAAAUUGAUGUAAAGUUGUGUAAUUUACUAGUGUUUUUUUUCAUUUUGCCUCUUAAUUAUUUCUUCUGUAAUUUCUGUAGGGGAUACUGAAUUUAAUAUGAUCCCACUGUCUGAACUUUUUAAGUUAAUCUCCAUGGUGGAGAGUUCCCCUCUUUGGAAA